UGCGCCGAGCUGAGGGCCCAGUGUUGUCGGCUGGGAAAUGGCGGCCGCGGGCUUGGUCGCGGUGGCCGCGGCGGCCGAGUACUCUGGCACCGUAGCGUCGGGAGGCAACCUCCCCGGUGUUCACUGCGGCCCAAGCUCCGGGGCAGGCCCCGGUUCUGGCCCGGGCUCGUGGAGCCGCUCUCUCGAUCGAGCCCUGGAGGAGGCGGCGGUCACCGGGGUGCUGAGCCUGAGCGGCCGGAAACUGAGGGAGUUUCCCCGGGGAGCGGCCAACCACGACCUGACGGACACCACCCGGGCGGACCUGUCACGAAAUCGCCUUUCAGAAAUUCCUAUAGAAGCAUGUCACUUUGUUUCUCUGGAAAAUCUCAACUUGUACCAAAAUUGUAUUCGGUAUAUUCCAGAGGCAAUUUUAAACCUACAAGCUCUAACGUUUUUAAAUAUUAGUCGGAACCAACUGUCAACAUUGCCGGUACACUUGUGUAAUUUGCCGUUGAAAGUCUUAAUUGCUAGUAAUAAUAAAUUGGUGUCACUUCCAGAAGAAAUUGGACACCUCAGACAUUUGAUGGAACUUGAUGUGAGCUGCAAUGAAAUUCAAACUAUACCUUCCCAAAUUGGUAACCUGGAGGCCUUGAGAGACCUUAAUGUAAGAAGAAAUCACCUAGUACAUUUGCCUGAAGAGCUGGCAGAGUUGCCUUUGAUACGGUUAGACUUCUCAUGCAAUAAAAUUACCACAAUCCCUGUUUGUUAUCGGAACCUCAGGCACCUACAGAUGAUCACCCUAGAUAACAAUCCACUACAGUCACCUCCUGCACAGAUAUGUAUAAAAGGCAAAGUCCACAUAUUUAAAUACCUGAACAUACAAGCUUGUAAGAUCGCUCCAGAUCUGCCAGAUUAUGAUAGGAGACCACUGGGUUUUGGCUCCUGCCAUGAAGAACUGUACUCAAGUCGCCCGUAUGGAGCCCUUGAUUCAGGCUUCAAUAGCGUGGACAGUGGUGAUAAGAGAUGGUCAGGGAAUGAACCUACAGAUGAAUUUUCCGAUCUGCCUCUUCGAGUAGCAGAGAUGACUAAAGAACAAAGACUACGAAGGGAAAGCCAGUACCAAGAGAAUCGCGGCAGUUUAGUGGUAACAAAUGGUGGAGUGGAACAUGAUCUGGAUCAGAUUGACUUCAUAGACAGCUGUGCCGCAGAGGAAGAAGAGGCCGAGGUGAGACAGCCCAAGGGACCGGACUCAGACAGCCUGAGUUCACAGUUUAUGGCGUAUAUUGAACAACGGCGAAUCUCUCAUGAGGGUUCACCAGUAAAGCCAGUAGCCAUUAGGGAGUUUCAAAAAACAGAAGAUAUGAGAAGAUAUUUACAUCAAAACAGGGUUCCAGUUGAGCCAUCUUCUCUCUUGUCACUAUCAGCAAGUCACAAUCAGCUGUCACAUACAGACCUGGAACUUCAUCGGAGAAGGGAGCAGUUAGUAGAGCGCACUCGGAGAGAGGCUCAGCUCGCUGCCCUGCAGUAUGAAGAGGAGAAAAUAAGGACCAAGCAGAUCCAGAGAGAUGCUGUUCUGGACUUUGUCAAACAAAAAGCAUCACAAAGUCCACAAAAACAGCAACCCCUCCUAGAUGGUGAGUGCCCCUUCCCAUCCAGAAGGUCUCAGCACACUGAUGAUAGUGCCUUGUUAGUGUCGCUGUCAGGUCUGAAUCAAGUGGGUUGUGCUGCUCCCCUGCCUCAUUCUUCUGCCUUCACACCUCUUAAGAGUGAUGACAGACCUAAUACUCUAUUAAGUUCACCUACAACAGAAACAGUUCAUCAUUCCUCUGCAUAUGCUUUUCCUGCUGCUAUCCAGAGAAAUCAGCCUCAGCGCCCUGAAAGCUUCCUUUUCCGAGCAGGUGGCAGGGCAGAAGCCAACAAAGGUCAUGCUUCACCCCUUCCUCCAUCUGCUGCACCUACCACUGAUUCUGCAGAUUCCAUAACAAGACAGAAUUCAAGACAGAGAGAAGAAGAGCUGGAAUUAAUAGAUCAGCUGCGUAAACAUAUUGAGUACCGGUUGAAAGUGGCUCUGCCUUGUGAUCUUGGAGCGGCUCUAACUGACGGUGUUGUUCUUUGCCAUUUGGCUAAUCAUGUGCGACCUCGAUCUGUCCCAAGCAUUCACGUUCCCUCACCAGCUGUACCUAAAUUAACAAUGGCGAAAUGCAGGCGAAAUGUGGAGAAUUUCCUAGAAGCUUGCAGAAAAAUUGGUGUACCUCAGGAGCAAUUAUGUUUGCCUCUCCACAUUUUAGAAGAGAAAGGUUUGAGCCAGGUUGCAGUGACGGUCCAGGCUCUCCUGGAACUUGCCCCACCCAAGCAACAGCAGCACCAGUUAUCUGCUGUUUAAGGAUUCCCAAGACCUUGGGCCAUUGGCCUGGCCAAAACAAGGAACAGGACAACGUGAUUGCUGCUGCCAGCUGUCUGCUUAAACAAAGCUCUUAUGUGUUCUCAGAAGGGACUGUUUCCAUGAUUCCUAACAGGAAUAUUUUGCAUCAUUUCUCCAUUUUAGGGGAGGUUAUAUCCAUUUCCAUUGAAUUUUUUUACAAAGACACCAUUGGUUUUCCCAGAUGAAACUUCUUUCGUUACUGAAAACCCGACACCUGACCUGGCUGUGUUUUCCUGGAGAGCAGGCUCAUUUCACACACCAGAAAGCACAUCUUCUGCGUUAGGCACAAGCAUGCUGUGCCGUUGUUUUUACCUGCUCUCAAGACAGCUGGUCUGCUGGUUUCUAAACUUGGUUGUUCGUUAGAAUCUCCUGGAGUGUUUGUUAAAAUACAGAUUCACAUUCAGGAGGUCUGGGGUAAGGCCUAGGAAUCUGCAUUUUCAACAACCAUUGCACAUGUUUUUGUUUGAGAAGGAGUUCCGUUCGGUCACCAGGCUGGAGUGCAGUGGCGCGAUCUCGGCUCACUGCAAGCUCCGCCUCCCGGGUUCAAGCGAUUCUCUUGCCUCAGCCUCCCGAGUAGCUGGGACAACAGGUGCCCACCACCACGCCCAGCUACUUUUUUGUAUUUUUAGUAGAGAUGGGGUUUUGCCAUGCUGGCCAGACUGGUCUCAAACUCCUGACUGCAAGUGAUCCACCCGCCUCGGCCUCCCAAAGUGCUGGGAUUACAGGCGUGGCCACUGCGCCUGCCCGAAACCACUGUUCAAAGCUAGAUAUUUGUAUGUUUGGUGGGGGAGGGUAAUGGCCCCACUGCAUUUUUUCACCCACAUUUAAAAUGAAAAGCUGUAUUAUGAGGAGCUGGACUAUUCUGUCAAAGACAAAACAAAAAUAAUAUAGAAGGCCUAGAUUUUGCAUAGUCUUUUUUUUUUUUUAAGAGUUGGGGUCUCGCUGUGUUGCCCAGGCUGGUCUGAAACUCCUGGGCUCAAGUGAUCCUCCUGCCUCGGCCUUCCAAAGUGCUGAGAUUACUGGAGUGAGCCACUGGGCCUGGCCCAAAUUUUGCAUAGUAAAACAGUGAAACAGAUACAGUUGUAUUUAAGGUCAGUCUUCUAGGCCUCCCUUCAACCCCAGUCCAUCAUAGAAGAUGGUUCUAUGUCAUCCUGUUAUCUAGACAUUAGAAACAAGCCCUGUAGACACAGGUUCCAAAUCCUUAAGCUGAUAGCACACUGCUGUGCAUCGCCUGCUUUGGUCUCACUGAGCCUCCCUCCCCACCCUCCUCACCCUCCUCACCCUCCUCACGCUGCUCCGCGGACACCUGGGCCUGCAGACACGUUGCAGUCACAGCACAUACACUUCGAGCUCGGAAAAGCCUAGUUUCUUAUAUUUCUUUCAGGUAACUGCCAGUUUCUGUGGCUGAAUUAAAGCACUUACAGCAUCUUAAAAACAACUUCCUAGCUGUGUGUGGUGGCUCACGCCUGUAAUCUCAGCACUUUGGGAGGCUGAAGUGGGCAGAUCACCUGAAGUUGGGAGUUUGAGAACAGCCUGACCAACAUGGAGAAACCUUGUCUCUACUAGAAAUACAAAAUUAGCCAGGUGUGGUGGCUCGUGCCUGUAAUCCCAGUUACUUGGGAGGCUGAGGCAGGAGAAUCACUUGAACCCAGGAGGCAGAGGUUGUAGUGAGCCGAGAUCGUGCCAUUGCACCCCAGCCUGGGCAACAAAAGCAAAACUCCGUCUCAAAAAAAAAAAAAAAAAAAGCGCCCCAUCUGGCUCCACCACUAGUGCCUUUAUAUACUCAAUUAUGGGUGGAGGAAAAGGGCCCAAGGGCUCUCAACACCACACAGGAGCUUUUCUUCCAGUUUCAGCUAGUUGGGUUUUCCUUCCCCUGCAUUUUGAACCCCUCUUAGUUGUUGGUGAUAUAUUCUGGUGUUCACUGCCUUUGUAAAACAAGUAAAUAAAGUAAGUGGAAGAUACUAGUUAUGUAUUUUGUUUCUGUAGUUGUUAACUGUUUUGGAUUUUCUUUACCAAUGCAUCCAUUUGGACAUAAUGUUAUUCCUCUUUUUAUCAGGUAAAUGUAGCAUCUAAAAGUAGCUUUGGAUCAAAUCAUGUUGAGUACCUGGUCAAAGUAAUGUUUUCUUCCUUGUUCUUGCAGAGAAACAGAUUCAUCAGAACAUUACCACUUGACCAGGUUUAAAAUUGUGUAAUGGCCUGGGCGCGGUGGCUCACGCCUGUAAUCCCAGCACUUUGGGAGGCCGAGGCAGGAGGAUCACUUGAGCCCAGGAGUUUGAGAGCAGCCUGGGCAACAUAGCAAGACCCUGUCCCCCAAAAAUUGAAAAAAAAAGAAAGCCAGGCAUGGUGACACAUGCCUGUACUCCCAGCUACUCAGGAGGCUGAGGUGGGAGGAUCACUUGAGCCUGGGAGGUCGAAGCUACAGUGAGUCAUGGCUGCACCACUGCACUCCAGCCUGGGCAACAGAGUGAGACCCCAUCUCAAAAUAAAUUGUAUAAUUUACAACAUCUAAGUCAAUGCCCAAUCUUAUAGAAUGAAAGUAAAAUGUCUUUAUGUAAGUGCUUAGAGCCAGACCUCAUUAUAUUUACAGUUCCCAACAGACCCACUGACCCUUAUAUAACUUUAGAAUUUAGCUGUGUGUAUUUUUAAACUGUAUUUGUCAGCAUUAAGCCUCAGUAUAGUCUCCAAAUUAUAUGCCACCAGACAUGGCACUCAGCAAAUGACAGGAUUAUUUUUAACAUAUGUAGGCCAGCCUGGCCAACAUGGUGAAUCCCCAUCUCUACUAAAAAUACAAAAAUUAGCUGGGCAUGGUGGCAGACGCCUGUAAUCCAGUGACUCAGGAGGCUGAGGCAGGAGAAUCGCUUCAACCUGGAAGGCGAAGGUUGCAGUGAGCCGAGAUCGCACCACUGCCCUCCAGCCUGGGUGACAGAGCGAGACUCCUGUCUCCAGAAAAAAAAAAACCCCACAAAAUCAAAAACAUACUAUGCAAGGAAUAAUUCUAGAAGAUGUUACAUAAUGAAAUACUUGCCAUGUUUGCAAGUAAUUUUCCCAUAGGAAUAAAUGGAAAUUUCAGCUUAUUUCAAAUUUUGCACAUAUUAUGAAACCUUAUUAAUGUAUUUUUAUCAAACUAAAUGAGAUUUGUAUUUGAAUUGUUAGUAAAAACUGGGUGCAGUUUUGGCUGAUAAUUGAAGGAAAAAUAUCAAAUACAUUGAAUUUUUUUUUUUUUCCAAUUUUUUUCAGACCCUCUGCAGAGGUAUGAAGGUAUGAAUUUCUUUUUGGUGUCAAGAUGCAAAAACAAAUCAUGGUGCUUUUGUUGGGAGAAUUUUGUAUUCAGUAUUUUGUAUGUACCUUUUUUAAAAAAAUUGGAAAGCACAAUUUGGUUUAACAUUUAGCUUCGCUUGACUCCAGUGUAAGAUGAAGAUGACCUUGUAACGGCUCCCCUGACCUGAAGCAGAGCCCUUCCUAUCACUGACACUGUUGGAGGCUGAGAGCCCCCCAGCAGAGCCCUUCCCGUCACUGACAGUGUCGGCAGCUGAGAGCCGCCCCAGCAGAGCCCUUCCCAUCACUGACAGUGUCAGUGGCUGACAGCACCCCCAGCAGAGCCCUUCCCAUCACUGACAGUGUCGGAGGGCUGAGAGCUGCCCCAGCAGAGCCCUUCCCGUCACUGACAGUGUCAGCGGCUGAGAGCUCCCGCAGCAGAGCCCUUCCCAUCACUGACAGUGUCAGCGGCUGAGAGCCCCCGCAGCAGAGCCCUUCCCAUCACUGACGGUGUCAGUGGCUGAGAACCGCCCCAGCAGAGCCCUUCCCAUCACUGACAAUGUCAGCGGCUGAGAGCCGCCCCAGCAGAGCCCUUCCCAUCACAGUGUCGGCAGCUCAGAGCCGCCCCAGCAGAGCCCUUCCCAUCACGGACAGUGUCGGUGGCUGAGAGCCCCCCUGAGCAGAGCCCUUGCCACCUACAGAGAUUUUCUGUCAGGAGUUUCCCACAAUUUCAGACUGGUAAUCUGUGUUUAGCACUCCAGUGUUCUCUUGUAAAAAUAGCCAGGUCUGGAAACGACCCAUGGGAAGAGGGGCCUUUGUAUUCUGCUAGAACACAGAGCAUAGUAGUAGAUCACUUUCCUGAAGAGCUUUUUAAAAUACAGCUAAUCUAGGAGUUUGCAAUUUUUCUUACUUUCUACAGCUCAGCAGUGACUAAUGAUGUGUGACUAUGCUGACAAGUUUGAUGAAUUUGUAAAAACUAAGCACUUAAAUGGUUGUAGAAAUGAAAACAUGGAUAUUCAGAAGCCUUUCUAUAUACACAGUGCAGUGAGAUGGUUUACAGCAAAUUCUGUUUUAUUUCUGAAAAUGUUGUAAACAUGUAAUUAGUGAAGAUUUUGUAAAACAUUGUCCUAUGUUUGUAUGUCUGUAAAUAUAUUGCAUAAGUUCUAAGUAUAAAUAUGUCAGUAUCAUGUAUGUUAUUUUAAAUUGCCUGUAUGCCACUUUAUAUGUUGACAUUAAAAUCAAAGCCAACACUUCAGUGGCAUAUAAUAAAAGCUGACUGGAGAGUGUUCAUA